AUGGAGCAUUACGCCCUCCCCCGAACUUCGCUCCCACGACGUCUCUACCGUGUGCAGUAUGAAAACUCUCACACACAAGAGAGUGAGUUUGGCCUUACAGCAGGUGACCCAACGAAGUUUGACUACAACAGUAGCGAUUUUGGAGACACCAUUGAAGCCCACAUCUUCGGCGAGGAGAUUGACAGUCCACUAAUUUCGUGCUUCACGUCGAAGGACCAAGCGGAAGAUUGGAUGUGUCGAAACUGGCGUGAUUUAGGACAGUGGGCACAGAUUUUGGAGAUCAGAACGAGAUCUCUUGGUCAUGGAUAUGUCUAUCGUGCAGCUCAUAUUUUCCUCGACAUGGGACGGGAUCCUUGGCCAACCGAGAACCAUGACGAUAUAAGUGGUGAGAUCCUGGUCUUGCACCACAUCAAAUCUCGUGCCAUUGUCGCCCGACGCGCGAAGAUCACAGUUCCCCCUGCAGCCGACGUCGAAACAGCAGCAGAAGGAUCUCAAACAUCCGCGCAGGCCAAUCUGUUCAACAGCGGGCAGAGCAGCCCCCGCGAGGCAUGGCUUGAUCCAACGCCGUGUUCGUCGCGAGCGAUGUCCAUCGCUCAAUCUUCCGCGUUUGAGAGCUCGAUCUUCGAUGAAUCAGAGUACGGAACACCGGGCUCUGGAAGAUACGCUUCGAGAGAACCCUCAUCCCCUGGAUCGCUGCCACGCUUGACUGCACCUGGGCGUGUAAACAUGAUUAGUUCGCCUUCCGUGAGAUCAUCCAGAGCCUCGACUGCUUCCUCAUGGGGUGGAUCUUCUCUGUACUCCAGUCAACGCACCUCUAUCUCGGAACUUUCAGAUACCUUCAGUACGACGACUGUCGGAGGCGCGAGCCCCAGCAUCCAGAGCUCACCGUUUUGGGAGAGCGAGGUAUACUCGGACGAAGAGGGUCCACGAAGAUAA